AUGUGGCUGCGUGUGCCUUCAGGUGGUGUGCGCCUGCGCGGGCACUCUCCCCGGUCUGGCUCCGGGGGCGCACAGCCCCCUCCGCUGGCGCCCGGGGUCGGGCGGAGCCGGGCGGAGGCGCUGUCCGCGGUGCUGACGGCCGCGGAUGCGGAGGGGCUGGUAGCCCAGACUGCAGAGGCCUGGCCUGGCGCUGCCCUCGGGACGGGGACGGGGAUGGGGACACGGGCGGCGGGCGGCCUUAACCCGCACACUCCGUUCGAGUACAUGAUCCUGGCCACCAUCAUUGCCAACUGCAUCGUGCUGGCCCUGGAGCAGCACCUCCCUGACGGCGACAAAACACCCAUGUCUGAGCGGCUGGACGACACAGAGCCCUACUUCAUUGGGAUUUUCUGCUUCGAGGCGGGGAUGAAGAUCGUCGCCCUGGGCUUCGCACUCCACAGGGGCUCCUAUCUGCGCAAUGGCUGGAACGUCAUGGACUUCGUGGUGGUCCUCACGGGGAUCCUUGCCACGGCCGGGACUGACUUCGACCUGCGAACUUUGAGGGCUGUGCGUGUGCUAAGGCCCCUGAAGCUGGUGUCUGGGAUUCCAAGCUUGCAGGUGGUGCUCAAGUCCAUCAUGAAGGCCAUGGUCCCGCUCCUGCAGAUCGGGCUGCUGCUCUUCUUCGCCAUCCUCAUGUUCGCCAUUAUAGGCCUCGAGUUCUACAUGGGAAGAUUCCACAAGGCCUGCUUCCCCAACAGCACAGAUGCAGAGCCUGUGGGUGACUUCCCCUGUGGCAAAGAGGCCCCGGCCCGGCUGUGUGAGGGUGACACCGAGUGUCGGGAGUACUGGCCGGGUCCCAACUUCGGCAUCACCAACUUCGACAACAUCCUGUUUGCCAUCCUGACGGUGUUCCAGUGCAUCACCAUGGAGGGCUGGACCGAUAUCCUCUACAGCACGAAUGACGCGGCUGGGAAUACCUGGAACUGGCUCUACUUCAUCCCCCUCAUCAUCAUCGGCUCCUUCUUCAUGCUCAACCUGGUGCUGGGCGUGCUCUCAGGAGAGUUCGCCAAGGAGCGAGAGCGGGUGGAGAACCGCCGCGCCUUCCUGAAGCUCCGCAGGCAGCAGCAGAUUGAGCGGGAGCUCAAUGGGUACCUGGAGUGGAUCUUCAAGGCCGAGGAAGUCAUGCUGGCAGAGGAGGACAAGAACGCAGAGGAGAAGUCCCCUCUGGAUGUGUUGAAGAGAGCAGCCACCAAGAAGAGCCGGAACGACCUGAUUCACGCAGAGGAGGGGGCAGACCGGCUCGCAGACCUCUGUGCCCUCGGAUCCCCCUUUGCCCGCGCCAGCCUCAAGAGUGGGAAGACCGACAGCUCGUCCUACUUCCGGAGGAAGGAGAAGAUGUUCCGGUUCUUCAUCCGGCGCCUGGUGAAGGCGCAGAGCUUCUACUGGGCAGUGCUGUGCGUGGUGGCCCUGAACACGCUGUGCGUGGCGGUGGUGCACCACAACCAGCCGCAGCGGCUCACCACGGCCCUGUACUUCGCUGAGUUUGUGUUCCUGGGCCUCUUCCUCACCGAGAUGUCCCUGAAGAUGUACGGCCUGGGGCCCCGGAGCUACUUCCGGUCCUCCUUCAACUGCUUUGACUGUGGGGUCAUCGUGGGGAGCAUCUUUGAGGUGGUCUGGGCUGCCAUCAAGCCGGGGACCUCCUUUGGGAUCAGUGUGCUCCGGGCGCUCCGCCUGCUGAGGAUCUUCAAAGUCACCAAGUACUGGAACUCUCUGCGGAACCUGGUGGUGUCUCUGCUCAACUCCAUGAAGUCCAUCAUCAGCCUCCUCUUCCUGCUCUUCCUGUUCAUUGUGGUCUUCGCUCUGCUGGGCAUGCAGCUGUUCGGGGGCCAGUUCAACUUUCAAGAUGAGACUCCAACUACCAACUUUGACACCUUCCCCGCCGCCAUCCUCACCGUCUUCCAGAUCCUGACAGGAGAGGACUGGAACGCGGUCAUGUACCACGGGAUCGAGUCGCAAGGUGGCGUCAGCAAAGGCAUGUUCUCGUCCUUCUACUUCAUCGUCUUGACGCUGUUUGGAAACUACACUCUGCUGAAUGUCUUUCUGGCCAUUGCUGUGGACAACCUCGCCAACGCCCAGGAACUGACCAAGGAUGAAGAAGAGAUGGAAGAAGCGGCCAAUCAGAAGCUGGCUCUGCAGAAGGCCAAGGAAGUGGCGGAAGUCAGCCCCAUGUCUGCCGCGAACAUCUCCAUUGCUGCUUUUGUAAAGCAAACUCGAGGUACUGUAUCUCGCAGCUCAUCUGUCUCCAGCGUAAACUCACCCAGGCAGCAGAACUCAGCCAAGGCGCGCUCGGUGUGGGAGCAGCGGGCCAGUCAGUUGCGGCUGCAGAACCUCCGGGCCAGCUGCGAGGCGCUGUACAGUGAGAUGGACCCCGAGGAGAGGCUGCACUACGCUACCUCGCGCCACCUGCGGCCGGACAUGAAGACGCACUUGGACCGGCCCCUGGAGGUGGAGCCGGGUCGGGAUGGCCCACGGGCUUCCACGGGGCCCAAGGCCCGGUCUGAGGGCGUGGAGGCCACUGAGGGCGGGGACCCGCCACGUAGGCACCACCGGCACCGCGACAAGGACAGGGCUCUGUCCACAGCCCCCCCGGCAGGGGACCAGGAUGGCGCAGACGCCCCGAAGGCAGAGAGUGGAGGGCAGGUGGCCCGGGAGGAGCGGGCGCGACCACGCCGCAGCUGCAGCAAGGAGGACGCGGGCCCCCGGGGGGUGCGAGGCGGGCGCGGGGGGGAGCGGGCGCGCCCACGCCGCAGCUGCAGCAAGGAGGCCGCGGGCCCCCGUGAGGUGCGAGGCGAGCGCGGCCGGGGCCUGGGCUCUGAGGGCCCCCGGCGCCAUCACCGGCAUGGGUCCCCGGAGGAGGCAGCUGAGCGAGAGCCCCGGCGCCACCGUGGCCACCGGCACGCCGACCAGGGCAAAGAGGGCACCACCCUGGGGGCCAAGGGUGAGCGGCGAGCUCGGCAUCGCGGAGGCCUCCGGGCCGGCCCCAGAGAGACGGAGAACGGCGAGGAGCCUGCACGGCGGCACCGGGUCCGGCACAAGGUGCAGUCCCCGCCCGAGGGCACGGAGAAGGAGGCCGCGGGGACUGCGGGAGGGGGCAAGGACAAGGAGCCCCGGAACCACCAUCCCAUGGAGCCGAACUGCGACCUGGAAGCCAGUGUGAUGACGGCCCCUGCACACACACUGCACAGCACGUGUCUCCAAAAGGUGGAGGAGCAGCCAGAGGAUGCAGACAACCAGCGGAAUGUCACUCGGACGGGCAGCCCCCCCUCAGACCCAAGCACCGUGGUGCACAUCCCCGUGACACUGACAGCCCCCCCCGGGGAGACCGAGGUCAUUCCCAGUGGUAACGUGGACCCAGAAAGCCAAGCAGAGGGCAGGAAGGAGGUGGAAGCCGACGAGGGCAUGGGGAGCGGCCCCCGGCCCAUCGUCCCAUACAGCUCAAUGUUCUGCUUACGCCCCACCAACCUGCUCCGUCGCUGCUGCCUCUACAUCGUGACCAUGCGCUACUUUGAGAUGGUCAUUCUCGUGGUCAUCGCCCUGAGCAGCAUUGCCCUGGCCGCCGAGGACCCCGUGUGGACAGACUCACCUAGAAACAAUGUUCUGAAAUACAUGGAUUACAUAUUCACGGGCGUCUUCACCUUCGAGAUGGUGAUCAAGAUGGUUGACCUGGGACUGCUGCUGCACCCUGGGGCCUACUUCCGGGACCUGUGGAACGUUCUGGACUUCAUCGUGGUCAGUGGGGCCCUCGUGGCAUUUGCCUUCUCAGGAUCCAAAGGGAAAGACAUCAGCACCAUCAAGUCCCUGAGAGUCCUGCGUGUCCUGCGGCCCCUGAAGACCAUCAAGCGGCUGCCCAAGCUCAAGGCCGUGUUUGACUGUGUUGUGAACUCCCUGAAGAACGUGCUCAACAUCCUGAUCGUCUACAUGCUCUUCAUGUUCAUCUUUGCCGUCAUCGCUGUGCAGCUGUUCAAGGGGAAGUUUUUCUACUGCACGGACGAGUCCAAGGAGCUGGAGAGGGACUGCAGGGGUCAGUAUUUGGAUUAUGAGAAAGAGGAAGUGGAGGCUCAGCCACGGCAGUGGAAGAAAUACGACUUUCAUUACGACAAUGUGCUCUGGGCCUUGCUGACGCUGUUCACGGUGUCCACAGGCGAGGGGUGGCCCAUGGUGCUGAAACACUCUGUGGAUGCCACCUAUGAGGAGCAGGGGCCGAGCCCCGGGUACCGAAUGGAGCUCUCCAUCUUCUACGUGGUCUACUUCGUGGUCUUCCCCUUCUUCUUUGUCAACAUCUUUGUGGCCUUGAUCAUCAUCACCUUCCAGGAGCAGGGGGACAAGGUGAUGUCUGAGUGCAGCCUGGAGAAGAACGAGAGGGCUUGCAUUGACUUCGCCAUCAGCGCCAAGCCCCUGACACGGUACAUGCCGCAGAACAAGCAGUCUUUCCAGUAUAAGACGUGGACGUUCGUGGUCUCCCCGCCCUUCGAGUACUUCAUAAUGGCCAUGAUAGCCCUCAACACAGCAGUGCUGAUGAUGAAGUUCUACGAUGCACCCUACGAGUACGAGCUGAUGCUGAAGGGCCUGAACGUCGUGUUCACCUCCAUGUUCUCCAUGGAGUGCGUGCUGAAGAUCAUUGCCUUCGGGGUGCUGAACUACUUCAGAGAUGCCUGGAAUGUCUUUGACUUCGUCACCGUGCUGGGGAGUAUUACUGACAUUUUAGUAACAGAGAUUGCGAACAACUUCAUCAACCUCAGCUUCCUGCGCCUGUUCCGAGCCGCGCGGCUCAUCAAGCUGCUGCGUCAGGGCUACACCAUCCGCAUCCUGCUGUGGACCUUCGUCCAGUCCUUCAAGGCCCUGCCCUACGUGUGCUUGCUCAUCGCCAUGCUGUUCUUCAUCUACGCCAUCAUUGGCAUGCAGGUCUUUGGAAACAUCGCCCUGGAUGACGACACCAGCAUCAACAGGCACAACAACUUCCGGACAUUCCUGCAGGCCCUGAUGCUGCUGUUCAGGAGUGCCACCGGGGAGGCCUGGCAUGAGAUCAUGCUGUCUUGUCUCAGCCACCGGGCCUGUGACAGGCUUGCCAACGCCAGCGAGUGCGGGAGCGACUUUGCCUACUUCUACUUCGUCUCCUUCAUCUUCCUGUGCUCCUUCCUGAUGUUGAACCUCUUUGUGGCUGUGAUCAUGGAUAAUUUCGAGUACCUCACACGGGACUCGUCCAUCCUCGGGCCACACCACCUGGACGAGUUCAUCCGGGUCUGGGCUGAAUAUGACCCGGCUGCGUGUGGGCGCAUCAGUUACAAUGACAUGUUUGAGAUGCUGAAACACAUGUCCCCACCUCUGGGGCUGGGGAAGAAAUGCCCUGCUCGAGUUGCAUAUAAGCGCCUGGUCCGCAUGAACAUGCCCAUCUCCAACGAGGACAUGACGGUCCACUUCACGUCCACGCUGAUGGCCCUUAUCCGGACUGCACUGGAGAUCAAGCUGGCCCCAGCUGGGACAAAGCAACACCAGUGUGAUGCAGAGCUGAGGAAGGAGAUCUCCUCCGUGUGGGCCAAUCUGCCUCAGAAGACCUUGGACCUGCUGGUGCCACCCCACAGGCCUGGUGAGAUGACAGUGGGGAAGGUGUACGCUGCGUUGAUGAUAUUCGACUUCUACAAGCAGAGCAAGACCAGCAGAGACCAGGCUCGCCAAGCACCUGGGGGCCUGUCCCAGAUGGGUCCUGUGUCACUGUUCCACCCUCUGAAGGCCACCCUGGAGCAGACUCAGCCAGCUGUCCUCCGAGGAGCCCGGGUCUUCCUUCGUCAGAAAAGCUCCACCUCCCUCAGCAACGGUGGGGCUGUACAAACCCAACAGAGUGGCAUCAAAGAGUCUGUUUCCUGGGGCACUCAGAGGACACAGGACACACCCUGCGAGGCCAGGCCUCCCCUAGAGCGCGGCCAUUCAGCGGAGAUCCCUGUGGGGCAGUCAAGGACACUGGCUGUGGAUGUCCAGACAGCCCUGAAGGACCCCGAUGGGGAGCCCCAGCCUGGGCUGGAGAGCCAGGGCCGUGCUGCGUCCAUGCCUCGCCUGGCAGCAGAGACACAGCACGCCCCAGAUGCCAGUCCCAUGAAGCGCUCCAUCUCCACGUUGGCCCAGCGCCCCCACGGGGUCCAUCUCUGCAGUGCCACCCUGGACCGCCCUGCCCCGAGCCAGGCCACCCAUCACCACCACCACCGCUGCCACCGCCGCAGGGACAAGAAGCAGAGAUCCCUAGAGAAGGGGCCGAGCCUCUCUGCUGACACGGACGGUGCACCCAACAGCACUGCAGGGCCCGGGCUGCCCCCAGGAGAUGGGCCCACAGGCUGCAGGCGGGAGCGACGGCGGGAGCGGGGCCGGUCCCAAGAGCGGAGGCAGCCCUCCUCCUCCUCCUCAGAGAAGCAGCGCUUCUACUCCUGUGACCGCUGGGGUGGCCGUGAGCCCCUGCCGCCCAGGCCAUCCCUCAGUAGCCACCCUACAUCGCCAACAGCUGGGCAGGGGCCAGGGCCCCACACGCAGGAUAGUGGACCAGCUAGUGGGAGCCCCCUGCUGCCAACAUCUGGUGCUAGCACUGCAGGCCGUGGUGGGCGCAGGCAGCUGCCCCAGACCCCCCUGACCCCCCGUCCCAGCAUCACCUACAAGACGGCCCAUUCCUCACCUGUCCACUACGGCGGGGCUCAGACCAGCCUCCCCGCCUUCUCCCCCGGCCGGCUGAGUCGCGGCCUUUCUGAGCACAACGCCUUGCUCCAGAGAGACACCCUUAGCCAGCCCUUGGCCCCUGGCUCUCGCAUUGGCUCUGACCCUAACCUGGGCCAGCGCCUGGACAGUGAGGCUGCUGACCACCCCCUGCCUGAGGACACACUCACCUUUGAGGAAGCUGUGGCCACCAACUCAGGCCGCUCUUCAACGGCUACCACUGUACUCUGGGACUCGGCUCGGGCAGCCGGGCACGGCACAGCUACCACCACCCCGACCAAGACCACUGGUGCUAGCUGUGCCGUGAUCGCCACACCUGCACGCAGCGGCACGUCCCACGGAUGAGUUUUAUCAUCCACCUGGGUUCCUGAGGACACUGGGGUGGCCAGGGCAGCGGCAGCAGCCCCUGGGGAGGAGGGACCUGGCCUGGAGGUCACCUUGGCAGAGUCUAUGCUGCGCCCUCCUCCCUCUGUCACUGGAUGGGUUAAUAAAGCCCUUUAUGGAGGGAUGUGGCUCCGUCCCCCUCGUGUGCUGCCUUCGGGAUCUCGCACUGCACGUCUGAUCUUGACAGGAAGUGGCCGUCAGAAAUGUGACUGAGAAGGACCUGGCGAGUCCAGACCGUGUCCUGAGCCCCAGCACCCAAGGUGGUGCUGGGACGCUUUUGUGGGUCUUGACUGAGGCUGUGGUCUGGGGGAGCAGGGCCUGAGGCCGUGGUCUGUGGGGGGCAGGACCUGCUGAAGUUGAAGUGGACCAGCCCGUGGCCCCUACUGCCCCCGUCAGCAUCCAUUGUGCUCUUUGUACUUUGUCAGCAAACGUGAGCUAGAAAUGCACCCAACGCUGUCCUUCCCUGGACACUGUCAGCCCUGCCAGGGACCAAAUCUGGAAAACGUUCUUGCUGUCAAUUUCAGUUUUUAAUCACAAUACACUUCACUAUUUUGUCAUUUCUAUAUACUUAGAAAGAAACAUUAAACCAGAAAGGGAAGGAAAUGUUAACAUAGCUUAAAAAAAUCAACUUUGUAGAACGAUCUGAAUCUUUCAUUGUGCGCUUUUGUGAUUUGUGCGAGAUGCUUCUGGCAGACUGUCCAGUCAGGUGUCCCCCAGAUGCCCCUGGCUCCUACUGCUCUUGACCAAGUGCCUGACCUCAGGCCCUCACGCCCAGCCUCUGAGCAUCAUGGUGUGAGGCGAGGCCUCAUGAACCAUCACGAGUGGGUUUUUGGAAACCUGGAUGUUAGUGAAUGCCAGAGAGCAUUGAGCAGGAUGUCCUCGUCUUCCUCCCACAAACUAGGGGUGCCUGGUGGGGGCUGGAGGGCAGCAGGGCAUAUGGAGUGCGAGGUGUUUUCAAUCUUCCAUAUCUGAUCUCAGGGAUGGGGUGCCUGCCACGCAGGGCAUGAUCUCUGUUGUGUGUCAAAUAUGUUUUUUUAAACCUCAGGCUGUUAAGAAGGAAAGUUAGCAGGGGGAGGGCUGGAGCAGAGAGGGCAGGGAGGGUGGGACUUGGAGCUGGUGUAGAAGAAUGAGUCCCAGAGCUCAGGUCGGGCAGCUGCAGCCCAGCACUGUUCCGGCACAUGGUGUGGGGAGGAGGCAGCAAGAGAACCUUGUGGCCAUCUCAAAGGGAAGAUCAUACUCAGGGUGUUGCCUGGUGUGCUCAGAAUACUGGGAGAGCCUUCAUUUCACAAAGAAAGGAAGCGUUUAAGACAGAUUGGUCCUGGUGUGUCCUCUGUGUUUUGAAAUUUCAAAUGAUCUUUGUUGGAUUAUUGCUUCCAUCCCGAGUCUCCUCAAAGAACUGUGUGUGCCUGUGUGUGUGUGUGUGUGUGUGUGUGUCUGUGCUCAUGGGAGGUGUGUGUGUGUGGGGGGUGUGUCCAGCGAGUGGAUGUCAUCCACCCUUAGGGCUAUGCAACAAAAGACACAUUUAAUAGAAACAAUGCACGAGACUGCCACCUGGUCUGUGGGUUUCGGCAUGAUUGUGACCAAACCUUUUUAUAGACUCUCCUCCACGAAGGGCACAACACUCUGAAACUGUAAAGGUAACAGAGCAUUUUAUUCCAAUAGGAGGAGAUCGAACAGGAAUCUCCGACUGUGCAUUUGAUUGCCAUGCUCAUGCUGAGAGGUGGGGGGCAUGUACUUUGACACUGAUGUUCUUCCAGCCCAUGUUAUCCUGUGUCAAUGUAUUCAGAACCGUGGCCAUUUCUGCAGUCCAUGUUGGGCCCAGAUUUAACCUUUCUAGACCUACAUACCUGGAGGACUUGUCUGGAGUUUUCUAGGUAUUAGAAUGAAUGAAAGUCACAGGGAGGAGGAGGGAGAUGUGAUGUCUUGUUUCCCUUGCUGGGUUUGGUUUCUGUACUGUCUCUUCUCGAGCUAUCAUAUGUCCCCUGAAAUCUCAUAGUGAGUUGCCAAAUUUGAAAUGCAUCAACCAAUUGUCUGCAUCUGGGACCAGCCGAGCAGUGGCAGCAGUUUGAACAAGUUGUGUGUGCAUGUAAAAUAUAUACAUAUACACAUAUAUACAAGUCUGUGCAUGAAAAUGUAUAUCUUCGUACUUUUUGAUACCAUGUAUCCCUUUGUUAAUUUUUAAUUAUAUUUGAUAUAAAUUGAAGGUUUGUUGCAAAAGUUUAUAUUUAAGAACAGUGUUAAAAAAGUCCCAACAAUGAAACAUGACUGGGACCUACUUAAAGAAAAUUCUGUGAUUGACUAGUUUGCUGCCUGAGUAAUAUUUAUCAGCCAAACUUUGGAUUAUGCUAUUGUUUCUACAAUGACAUUUUGUAUGAAGCAACGUCCUUGAAUUAAAAUAAAAACUUAGCAAAAAAAUCAAACACAAA